GUGAAGCUAUUGUUGUGUUGAUCACCAACCCAACACACACAGUUACGCAAUACACGGUUGUACCUGAUCAAUACAUAUUGCACAGAGCGUACCACGCCUUAAAUUGACCCCAUCGUCCCAACAUGAAACACGGGAUACUGCACACCUUGCCAAUAGGCUUGGUAUUCAUCCAUCUCGGAUCUGCAGCUCGAUAUUCUCGGUCCAGCAGUUACCGCAGGACGUAUUACUACAACAGCGGGAGUAGUGGGAGUGGCGACGAUGAAGACACAAUCAUACUCGUCGGAGUAUUGGUGGGUUUCCUUGUGCUAAGCGGACUUUUCUUUGCUUUUGCCGUCUGCUAUGUUAAACUGAAAAAAAGAGCUGAAAGAAAGAAAGAGGAAGCAAAAGAACUGGAGCAAAAUAAAACUACCAAAAACAUCGACCAGAAAAGAUCAAGGAAUGUUGUUGGCACUACCGAUUUUUAACAAGAUCCCAAGGCUUUACAGUGACAUGUGCAUUGAUAUGUGUAUUUUGUGGUAUUAUUUGUAUGGUUGUAAAUACCUAACAUUUGUUUAUUUUUAUCUCAUUGGUGUUUGUCUUAUGUUUCUUCCGAAAUUUCAGAAUCAUGUACAUUUAAGUGAGUUAAAAUUUAACGACGCAUCGGCAUUGCUACAGCCAUAUGGCGACCUAUACAUUUAAGAAAUUUAUAGAUGUACAUAUCUUAUAUAACUGGUUUAGUUCCUGAUUCGUUCGAUCUGUAACUCCUUACGAAAAUAGUCUCUGAUAUAAAGCUAUUAAUAGUGAUAUUGCAGUUGCAUUACUUUUUGUAAUCAUUAGGUCUGACAUUACAGACGUGUAGUGAAAUUAAACACACAUUAAGUGCUUCUUGUCAUUAUGUCUGAUAUUGUGAAGUUUACAGUGGUAUUUGACGUUGUUGAAUGUUUUCUUGUAGACAAGUUUGGGACUUUGUAUGUGCCUUUGUUUAUUAAAAAGGUUUGUCAAA